CUAGUCAGUAGUCACCCAAUGCAAUUAUUCUCCAUGUGUAGUCUGUGCCAUCAAGAUCAUCAAUUUAUUGUGACGAGGAGAGGGGAGCAGAGCAGAGCCUGGUAGUGGGGUGCCGGCCAAGCUGCCACCGGCCACACACAGGGUACGUGUGGUGGCCGGCGAGACGACGAAGUGAUCGAUGGAUUGAGAACACACGCACGAGCCUCGUCCUCUCGUACAAGUGCAAUAUUGAUCUGAGCACGCUACAAGUAGCCCUACACUAGCAACCUCGCUCAUGCACGCCAUUGUUUGUUAGGCAAAGAUACUUGAUUAAAACUUUAAAAGUAGGAGGCCCAUGGCAUCCACGGCGGUCGCCGGCGGCCAGGUCCUGGACGGCUCGAACCCGACGGUGGCCCGCGUGCGGCAGCUCAUCGGCGGCCCGGAAUAUUGUCAAGAUGGGUGGAGCCGGUGCUGGGAGGAAGGCGUGACGCCGUGGGACCUUGGCCAGCCCACGCCGGCCGUCGUCGAGCUCGCCAAGUCCGGGACGCUGCCCGGCGACGCCGCCACCGUCCUCGUCCCGGGAUGCGGUGCGGGGUACGACGUGGUGGCGCUCUCCGGCCCCGGCCGCUUCGUCGUCGGCCUUGACAUCUGCGAGAGCGCCGUUGCCAAGGCCAAACAGUGGUCGGCGGCGGCGGCGGCCGACGCCAGCUUGUUCGCCUUCGUCGCGGCGGACUUCUUCACCUGGGAGCCGCCGGAGCUGUUCGACCUCAUCUUCGACUACACAUUCUUCUGCGCUUUCCACCCGUCGAUGAGGCCAGCAUGGGCAAAGCGAAUGGCCGACCUGCUCAAGCCCAAUGGCGAGCUCAUUACCCUCAUGUACCUGGUAAUUCUGAAUUCUGAUAGCAGCCACUGUCAGUGUCUAGUGGUAAUUCAACAAUGCAAACUGCUGAUCAAUGAUUUCUAUGUUGAUGCCGGCAUCUGCAUGACCGCAUGGCAGGCUGAAGGUCAGGAGGCUGGCCCGCCAUUCAACACAACAGUGCUCGAUUACGAGGAGGUGCUGAAGCCCCUGGGUUUCGUGAUCACUUGCAUCCAAGACAACGAUGUGGCUGUUAAACGACGACAGGGAAUGGAGAAAAUCGCAAGGUGGAAGAGGAUGGCAAGCCCAACCAAUCUGGAUUCUGAAGAGUAACACUAUCAAGGAGACUCCAACCCCCACAAUAUGCAAUGAAUUCUGCACUAGUGAAAUCAAAACGUAUACUCAUUAUAUACGGAAGACUCCAGCUCGGUCUUGUGUGUAGUAAUUGGUAAUAUUGUUCGCUAUAUGUUUAUCGACAUAUCAUAUAUGUAUUGUGCAGAACAUUAAGGUGUGGUUCCUCUUGAAUACAUACAUCAACAUAUCGAUAU